GGGAGCCUGAGAGAGUUGAGGCAUGAACUCAAGGAAGUUGAAGAUAAGUUUCGAAAAGCCAUGAUUGCCAAUGCUCAGAUGGACAAUGAUAAAACAGCACAGACUUACCAAUUGGAAUUAUUGAAAGAUAGAUUAGAAGAGUUGGAAGAGGAGUACUCACAAUUGAAGAGGGAACACAGAGAUAAAUGCAGGGAACAUGAUCAGUUGAAGAGGCUAUGUGUCAAAUUGAAAGAUGAUCUGGCUGUGACGAAAUAUGAACUGGAAGAAAGGGAUCGACUCAUCUCUGAAAAAGGUUUAGUAAUAGUAGGUGAAGAAGUACCACCUGAUGAGGAUGGUACCAUACAUCCUCCGAAAAAAGCUCUUGUCAGUGCAGAGAAUGCCCAGUUGUUGGAAAGUGCAGGAGACGGUAGUUUAGAUGUUCGGUUGGCCAAAUUUGCAAAAGAGAAAACAGAGUUACAGGACCAAAUUAGCCAUUUAAAACUAGAAUUAGAAGAGGAAAAAAGUCGAAGGAGAAAACCAAGCUCUACAGGUCUUCUGAAUGGACCAUCAUCUGACUACGAUUACGAUGACCUACAAAGAGAAGCAAGUAAACAGUUAGCGGACUACAAAUUCAGAGCUCAGAAAGCGGAACAAGAUGUAGCAACAUUGCAAGCAACAGUAGCACGUCUCGAAAGUCAAGUGAUAAGGUACAAAACAGCCGCAGAAGUUUCAGAACAGUCAGAAGAGGCGCUCAAAUCUGAAAAAAGAAAAUUGCAAAGAGAGGCUAGGGAUGCCCUCAGUAGAGCAGAAGAGCUAGAAACAUCAAAUACACAUUUACUCAAAAGAUUAGACAAGUUGAAAAACGCAAAAUCCGCUUUGUUGAAAGAACUCUGACCAUUGAGUGAAAACUAGUAUCUUAUAAAAAUCUGCGAUGGGGAAAGCAGUUCCAACUGUGCUUCAAGUUUUAACUACCUUCGUUUUAUUUGAUUCACUUUGAAACAGUUUUAACAUAUUUUAACUUCAUUUUAUAAUGUGUUUGAAUUUUCUUCUCUGAAGGACAUCAGUUCAUGAUUACUUCAGACUAGGUUGAAAAACAAAAUCACUUCAACAGACCUUCAUUGUAAAAAAUAUUCAAAUUAUUUAUUUAACUUUGAAUUGUUGUCAAUAUGUUGUAUUUAUUUGUUAGUUAGGAUAUUAGUUUAUAAAUAUUAUUUGUAAAUACAUGUAAACUUAUUAUGUCUCAGGAUUGAAAUAUCCAUAGCAAUUUUAAACGGUAAGGAGUACCUUCAAAUAUUAGAUAAAAGUUUUGCGUAACUAUUAUACAUACACACAAAUAAUACCUAAAGGAAUUUCUGAAAUAAGUUGAUAAAACAAGAAGUUAUUUGUUGAUAAUUUUUUAUGAAAUAAUAUUUCUGAUAAAUUAUAUCAUUUCUGUUGACUUCUAUUCACCAUUAACUCAGAUAUAUUUAUUAUCAUAAGUUGAAAAAACUUUACUAAUAUCUCAAUUGAAAUCUUGAACAGGUGUUAAUAAAAAAAAGAAAUAUCCUUUGCAAGAAAUUCAUAAUGUGAUACAAACACCAGUUAUCUUUGCAAACUUAACUGAAUUGAAUUUGAGAGAUGAGGGUACUACUUGCUGUACACUUAUGUACCAAUAUUCAGCUUCUUUACCGAUGAAAUAAAAGAAAAUGGCUCAAGUUUUUAAAAUGUAAUAUGUGGGGUGUGAAAAUUGUUCCUGAAUUGGCUCAAAAUUUUGUAGAAAUGGUGAUAUUUUGAUAAUCCAUGUAAUUUUACUAAGUUUUAGUAUUAUUCAAACCUCAAAUACACUUUCGGUCCAUAGUUUUAUUAUUUUAUAUCACUUUUUUUUAAGAACUGUCCUAACUGCAAAAUGCAAGUAACGCUUAAAUUUAUAUGUACAUAUGAAAUAUGUGAUUUUUGUGUAUACUGCAAUAAUUAAUUUGGUAAAAGGUAAUUUGAAAAAAUAUAUUGAACUAAUUUAUAAA